AUGUUCUCCUUGGAGCUGUCAAGCAUUGUCUCAGCAUGCUACUGUAGCCGUGAUGGUGGUAGACAUUCCCGUAGGAGUAGGAGUAGGAGUCGAAGCCGCAGUAGAAGCAGGAGUAGAAGUCAGAGCUUGCAAGCCGGCACUGCUCCUCAUGUAAGCCCGCCGAGAGAUGUAAACAAGGAUAGAACAUCUGUAUCUAGCAAUCUGGCAAAACUUAGGGAUCUUUUUGGUGAUGUGAGUGUCCAAAAUGGGGAUACUAGUGUGUUGAAAGCUAAAACACAUCCUUCCAGCCUCAGCCAUUCAUCAGUAGCCAAAACACGUCUGUUAGCCUAUGCUCAAACAAACGGAACAGUUAUUCGUUUCAGUAUCAAAUCCAAAUUAAGUCAUGCAUGCAUCAGAGGGGCAAAAGCACGAGUCUUAGCCCGAAAUCGAGGAAGACUGCGUCGAAAAUCGGAGCUCCAAAACAGGCUGCAACUACUAUUGGGGGUUUCUAAGAGGCCGGUGAAGAAGGAAGACAAGGUUCUUGGUUCAAUUGAGCCCAAGAAGCUUUUCAAAGAAGGGGAGAAGUCUGUGCCUAACAAGAAGCCAGUCAAGGCUGGGAGGGUGGUGGCAAGCAGGUACAAUCAGAUUGGUAAUUCUUCGGCUGCUGCUGCGGAUGGCCGGAAAAGGUCUUUGCCGGAUUAUGAUGUGAGGGGUGUCGUUGGUGGGGAGGCCACGUGGAAUUGGGAGGGAGGGGUCUAG